AUGGAUGGAAGACUUGAGAAAAUUAAAGCUCAGGUUGAGUUUUAUUUUAGUGAUGCGAAUUUCAGAGUAGAUAAGUUUCUUAGGGAGCAGGCAAUGGCAAAUGAAGGAUAUGUGAACAUUGCAACGAUAGCGUCGUUCAACAGACUAAGGAAUUUGAAUGCAACAGUUGAGGAGAUCAAGCAGUCACUAGAAGGAAGCAAGAUUGUUGAACUGAAUGAUGACAAGAUAAAGAAGAUUGAGACUGAGGAGUAUCUAUCUUAUGUUGCUGAUGAAUGUAUUGAAAAGAGGAUGGUCUAUGCCGAGGGGUUUGAUAAGGAAAGCAGUCUUGAAGAUAUUGAGGAGAUACUGAGCGAGUAUGUUGAGCCAGCUCUUAUAAGGAUGAGGCGUGACAAGGAGAAGGUGUUUACCGGGAGUGUGUUUGUGGAGUUGAAGUCUGAAGCGGACGCAGAGAAGCUGAUUGGAGUCAAGGUGCGGAUCAGAACAAAGAAAGAGAAUCCAGAAGAUGAAGAGAAUGCGAAGAAGCAGAAGAGCGAGGAGAAGUAUUUGAACAUAAUGAAGAAGGAGGAAUAUAUGAAAGAGAAGGCGAAGAUGAGUGCAGAGAAGAAGGAACAGAUAGCAAGAGAGGCACUUGAGAAGGACUUUGUUCCCAGACUGUUUAGGUAUGAAUCAAGCGAGGAGCUGGAUGUGAAGGCAAUAAGGAAGAUUGUUAAGAACACAGCAUUUAUUGAUGUGAGUGAAAAGGUGAUAAGGAUGAAAUAUAUUGAGGAAUUUAAGGAAAAGAAGUUUGAGGAGGAAGGAAAGGAAGUGACUCUAUUUAAGAUGGACGAAGACAAGGCUCUUGAGUACUGCAAGAAGAUCAAGAUAGCACCGAAGGAGGAUAAGAAGUCGAGCAAGAAAUAA